GAUAAUAAGCUGGUGCUGUGCGACACACUGUCGGCCGAUAUGGAGCCCCUGCCCAGCAAUCAUAGGGCCAGUUGUGUGGAGGCCAUGGAGGCGGCAAAGCUGGAGCACCCGUGGUUUGGUCUCGAGCAGGAGUAUAUGAUGAUGGAUGGGUACGAUAGGAAAUGGCCGUUGGGUUGGCCCAAAAACGGUUACCCCGAGGAUAUUCAUCUGCCGCACGUUAUCUAUCACUCGGCUGUGGGCACAGGCAAUAAUGUGGGCCGAGAUGUGAUGGAGGCUCACUUCAGGGCCUGUCUGUACGCCGGGGUUAAUAUAUGCGGCGAGAAUGCGGAGGCUAUGCUGGCUCAGUGGGAGUACCAGGUGGGUCCGUGUGAGGGCAUCCGUAUUGGGGACGACGUAAUGAUGUCGCGGUAUAUACUGCUAAGAGUGGCCGAAGAGCUACAGAUUGGUAUAUCGUUUGAUCCGCGACCCAUACCGGGCUGGUUGGGCGCCGGCGCUCACAUGAACUUCAGUACCGACAAAAUGCGAGCCCCGGGAGGUCUGGCAGAGAUGGAGAGGGCGAUUGAGCGACUCGGCAAACGGCACGACAAACACCUGUCCCUCUACGACCCGCGGGGCGGUGCCGACAAUUUACGUCGACUAACGGGUAGUGAAAAUUAUGCUUCAGAUGGCAGUAAAUUUUCGGCCGGUGUGGGCAAUAGGGGCGCCAGCGUUAGGAUACCUAAACUGGUGGCCCAGAAGGGCAUGGGUUAUAUGGAGGACAGGCGUCCGGCCUCUAACUGCGACCCCUAUGUGGUGUCCGAAGCACUCGUACGCACCUGUCUUUUGAACGAGUAG